AUGGCUUCCUCCAGUAGCAGAGUGGUGACGGCUGUUCUGUCAAAAUGUAACAGUUGCAGUUGGAGUUUAUUUACAGCGACACCGAAUAAACACCGACAGCUACUCAGCAGGCAGAUAUGUCUAUCCUCGGCUGUGUGGAGGAAGAAUCUGGCAGCAGCUGGACCUGAGAAGUUCUCAGAGGAGUACAUUAAGAAACAGAUAGAAGAAUUCAACAUCGGAAAACGACACCUAGCGAACAUGAUGGGAGAAGAUCCUGAGACGUUCACACAGGAGGAUAUUGAUAGGUGCAUUUUGUAUCUCUUCCCCUCUGGUCUGUUUGAGAAGCAGGCACGACCUGUCAUGAAGCACCCGGACCUGAUAUUUCCAAAACAGGCUGCGGUGCAGUGGGGUGAGGACGGCCGGCCUUUUCACUAUCUAUUCUACACUGGAAAGCAGGCCUACUACUCCCUCAUGCAUGAUACGUUUGGGAAGGUGCUGGCGAUAGAGAAACAUCAGGACAAGUUGAGAAACAAAGGACUUUUUACCCUUGACACCAAACAGAUCUCUUUGGCUGGAAGCCGAUGGCUGUUAAAAGAGGAGCUGGAGCAGUUACUAGUGGAGAAUAUCUCCGACCAUGACUAUGCUCGGUUCAUCCAGCUGAUGGAGAGGCUCUUGUCUCAACCCUACUGUUCCAUGGAGGAGGAGUUUGUGCAGCAAUACCGUCGACAACUGGAGGUUCAGUCCAGCAAGCAGGAGAUCCCCGCUCUCCAGCACAGUGAGGACGGAGUGGCCUUCAGCCAGGCUGACGGAAGGAGAAAAUCUUCUAAUGCCAGCAUCACACUCAGAGACCGGGGCUCUGGUCGCAUCAUCAUCAAUGGAAAGAAUUAUCUUCAGUACUUCCCUAUACUGCAGGACAGAGAGCAGCUGAUGUUCCCACUUCACUUUGUGGACAUGUUGGGAAGGUUUGAUGUGGAGGCCACUGUGGAAGGCGGUGGACACUCUUCUCAGGCUGGUGCUCUGAGGCUGGCAAUUUCACGUGCAUUGCUUAGUUUUGUUUCUAGUAAAGAUGUAGAGUUCAUGAGGCAAGCUGGCCUGCUGACGUCCGACCCCAGAGUGAGAGAGAGGAAGAAGCCUGGCCAGGCUGGAGCCCGCAAGAAAUUUACCUGGAAAAAGCGCUAGAAAUGUAAAGCACGGUGGACCUGACUGGACUCCUCGGCAUGACAGCCACAAAUGUGUUUAAAUACAGGUUUACUGUACAAUUGCCCUCAUGCUGAACCUGCACUUCUAAAAUCUGCUUUUUGUGACCGAUUUCAUUUCAUUUUUCUCUACAUUAUUUAUGGAAAGUUGUAAUCAUGUGAAUUGCAAUAAAACCAUUGUCAUGAA